GUGCGAAUCUUCGUAACCAAUUCAAGAUGGCGGCAAAGGCUGGCAAGAAGGGGAAGAAGAAGGGGACCACGAUGGCCCUGACUGAUUUCCUGUCUGAUGAGACAGGAACAGCUCAGGGUCCUGGUUCCAGUUAUGUACUUGCUAAUAAAAGUAUGGAUUGGGCGGCUGAAAUGGAGGAGCUAGAUAUUGACUCAGAACCCACAUAUGGUAUGCCUGCAGUGGACCGUGCCAAACUUCCAACAGCUCCAAAAGCCUCCCGCGGUCCAGAGGACCUUGCUAAAGUUCCAAAAGAUCCGCCAUUCACAGCAUUCAUAGGAAAUCUACCUUACGAGGCUACUGAGGAAAAAAUUACAGAUUUCUUCAGAAAAUUACCGGUGGUAAAUGUACGACUACCAGAAGAUAAUGGAAGAUUGAGAGGCUUUGGUUAUGUCCAGUUUGAAACUAGGGAAGCCCUCAUAGAUGCCCUGUCCAUGUCAGAAGAGUCAUUCGGCGGGCGUAAAGUGAGGAUUGACCUGGCAGGGGAAUCUCAAGGAGACAAUCGCAAAGGUGGUAGAAGAGAUGAUGGGCAGCCAGACAGAACAGAGGGAGACUGGAGAAGGUCCGAGGUCAGACAGGAGUCGUCUAAUUUCAGUGAUAGGGGACCUAGUAGGUAUGAUGAUAGAGGGCCAAGUCGGUAUGAAGAAAGAACUCCCAGUAAAUAUGAUGAUAGAGGUCCUAGUCGCUAUGACGACAGGCAGGACGACAGAGGUUCAGGGAGGUAUGGUGACAGGAGAGACGAUCGUGGGUUUGAUGAUCGCAGAGGUGAAGGAAGGUACGAUGAUCGUGGAGGAGGAUUCGGGCGAAGGGAUGACAGAGGGUAUGGUAGAGAUGACAGAGGAGGUUUUGGAGGAAGAGAUAGGUAUGACGAUAGGAGAGAUGACAGAUUCGGAGGUGGUGGUGGUGGAAGAGAUAGAUACAGUGACAGGAGAGAUGACAGAGGAGGUUUUGGUGGAAGAGACAGAUAUGACGAUAGGAGAGAUGACAGAUACGGAGGAGGUGGUGGUGGAAGGGACAGAUACGACGACAGGGAUGGAGGGAGGCGACAGUUUGGAGGAGGUUUCCGGAGAGAUGAUAGAGGUGAGGACAGAGGUUGGGAGAGAGGUGGAGGAGGUUUCCAUGGCGACAGAGAUAGGGGUGGUUUUGGUGGAGAUAGAGGCCAUGAUGAUAGGUAUGACAGACAAGACAGGCAGGAUCGGGAACCAGAGCCUCCAAAAGAACGGCCUCGUCUGCAUCUGCAGCCAAGGACAAAACCUGUUGAAAACACACAGGAUCCAAAACCAGUUGAGAACCAGCCAAGGCCUGAGAAACCAAAAGCUGCUUCAAUAUUUGGCAGCGCAAAACCAGUGGACACUGCACAGAGGGAACGAGAAAUCGAGGAGAAGUUGUUGAAGCAAAAGGUAGAAGCGACUCAGCCAAAAAGUUCUCUUGAGUCACGAGGAUAUGGCAGCUCACAUGGCUACGAAGAACCAAAGCAGAGAAGAUACGAUCAUGAUAAUAAAGAAAAUAGAAAUGUACCAAGUUCACGGCGACGCUCUAGUGAACGGUCAGAAGAAGGAGAUGGUCACAGGGAGAGACGGUCCAGUGGAAGCUCAAAAGGGAAAAAAGGCUCAUUGUCAUCUCAGAGUAGAUCUCGGCAAGACAGCGGGGAACAUUCGGCACACCCAGAGGUGUUUUCAGGUGGUGAAGAUGAUAAGUCACACAACGCUGUAUCUCCAGAACACAGAGAUGAAGGGGUGAAACUUGUGCCUGCACCCAUUCCUAAAGAAAAUAUCUGGGAGAAAAGAAAGUCAUCACAGACAACACAGUCUCCACCACAGAAAACAGAAGAGAAAAAGACUUCAGCACAGGAGAGUAGUCAGACUGAUUCCAGAAAUACCAGUAUUCAGCAGUCACCUCCAAACACUCGACAGAGAAACCAGUCAAAUAGGUCAAAUAGAACAUCAUCACAGUCUAGUACAGAUUCAACUCCAUCAAAAAGAGAGGGAAAGAAGGAAUUUGUCCCUGCCGAACCUCCCAAAGAAAAUCCAUGGAUGAAACGUAAACAAGAACGAGAGCAGCAACAACCCUCUGGUAAAAAAGAACCAGGUUCUGUGCCAGUAUCAACCCCACAAAGUGUUCCUAAUGCCUGGGCAGGUCGAGGUGGAGGGAGCGGAGAUAGAGGUAGAGGUCGGGGUGGCAGAGGUGGAAUUGGAAGGGGUCGUGGAGAACCUCCACGUCAAAAAGAGAAGAAGGAAAAACCCUUGCCUCAGUCUAUAGAUGAAAUGCCCAAGUUCGAAGAGAAGAAAGAUAAAGAUUUCAGUGAUAGCAACAAGUUUGCAGGCUUGAUAGAUGAUGAUGAGGGUGAUUAUGAUGAAGAAGAGUCAUAGCCAGAAACAUUUUAUACUAGACUAUUGUAAUUUUCAAAUUGAUGGAUAACUGCAUUUAUUGAAAUAGAUUUAAUUUAUUGUUAUAUUAUGUGCCUGUGAACAGUUUAUGUAAUGUGCUCAUAAAACCCUAGCGGCCAUUCUUUUUUAAAUGUUUUAUGAUUAGAAGGACAUGUUUGAUACUGGGCAGACCUGAAUUGUAGAUUUUGAUUUCCAUCUUUUGAAGAAAAGGGGAAUUUUGGCCUUCUAGGGAACUUUAUAUUCAAAGAAAGUAGUUUUUUGUUCCAUCUGUUUUGAAUAUCUGGGACAUUGCUAACUAGUUUUCUUUGAAAUUGUGGCUUGACAGUAAAUAGUUCCAUGUUCUGUUGAAUUCACAUUACGAGAUAACUGCAUUUGAAGAUAUUCAUCGUUUUUGUGCAAUUUUACUCCUUACCUCCUCACAAAGCAUUAUUUUGCUGAGCUUAGGAUCAUGUUUACAGGGAUUAUGUUGACAGGGAUCAUGUUUACAAGGAUCAUGUUGACAGGGAUCAUGUUGACAAGGAUCGUGUUGACAGGGAUCGUGUUUACAAGGAUCAUGUUGACAGGGAUCAUGUUUACAAGAAUCAUGUUGACAUGGAUCAUUUUGUACAGGUUGUAGUUAAUAUUGCUUAUCAUCUACCUGGUUGCAUAAUUUUAUAUGUAGAUGAUUAGGUCUGACUAUUUUUGCUGGAGGUAGGGAAGUUCAGUGAGUUGAGUUUUCAUUGACAUGUUGGUUAAAGAGUAUGAUGGAGUUUAAGCAGUGAUAAUUACUUGACAUAGUUUGCUGGUGACUUACUGUAAAAUUAGUAAAUUGGAACCUCCUUGGCAGCACUUAUGGUCGCUGGCUGAUUCUCUUACACAUCGUUACAGCCGGAUACUAAAUCUAUCUUGGUAUGUAGAAUCCAUCUGGCUUAUUUAAGGUUGGUGGUUCUACUCAAGUGCCAGUUUGUGCUUGAAAUAAUGCAUUUAGGGGCACCUGGGAUUUUCCUCCACCACCAAAGCUUGUAUAUGUCAGUGUGAUGUUAAACCCUACAAAACAAAAGUAAUCAGAGAGGGGAAUUCUCUUAAAGUACACAAUUUCAAUUUCACAGGUUCACUUUGGUAAAUGUUAGAAAAGCGAGCGCUUGUACCGCGGUUUUAAAAGCUGUUGAUCCAAUGCAGGCAGGUCAGUGUAUAGUUCAACACUAAAUUUUGCUACACUAAGAAAAAAGUAUAAAAUUCAUUUCUAAUGUCAUGUGAUAAACACUUAAUUAAUUGACUUGCCAUACAACAGUCUAAGCAACUGCCGAAAGGUCAAUAGUUUUGAAUGUUGACCAACAAGCCAUUCAGUAAGUGUGUACUAAAACAUUCUGUUUGUGCAAAGUCACAUAAAGAGAAAAACAUGUCUACUACACUCUCUCCCAUCAUUGUAUAUUACUUUUUUUUUUUUUGCUUUUGUUGUUUUUACUUGUUUGUUUUGUUUUGUUUUUUGCUCAGUAUUGUAUGCUUCAGUAAGGAAAAUUUGGUCAUGAAAGUAUUUGUACCUAAACUGCUUUAACAUUCUAUGACAGUUUCUGAAUUUUUUGCCUCGUUUUAUUGUAGGGCAGACUUUGAGUUCUUGACACGUUAUGCCAUAUAUCGGGUAAAGUGGGACUGUAUUACAGUAUUGUGGGAUUUUCUUCUGUAUUUGAAAUGUUUCCAUUAGUGCUAUUUAUGUGUUUAAUUGCUUGUUUAAAAUGUGUGCACAGGUGAAUUGUGGUAUCAAUAAACGAAAGCAUGGCCAACGAAUAUACCAAGCUGUAUUAAGAGUUAAAUAUUCUACUUUUUGAUUCAGUUUCUAAUGCAGACAUUUUAAUUUCACAAAAUGUUACAUGAUACAGUUUUUGAGAUUAUAGGAAAUCAAAAAAAGGUUUUUAGCCUUUAAGUUGACCCUUACCCAGCUAAAUUCCUUUAAUGAACUUGUCCAUCUUCCAAUUUAGACAGUACCAUUAACUGUUAAAAGGGAUGCUUACCAAAAAGAUACUGGCUGAAUAGCGAACAGUGCAGAUUAUGAUCAGACUGCCACAGAUGUGCAGGCUGAUCAUGAUCUACACUGGUCACAAAGGCAGAAUCAAUCGUGUCGAGCAUGGUAAGGGUUAAGUACUCCACCUUCCAGAGCACACAAAAAUUAUAACCCAUGAAGGAACGGUACUCUGAAGUACAAAAUAUGAUAAUUUUUUUACUAUGUUAGCCUUGUUGUUUAUUGGUGCUUGGUAUAAAAUGGUCUCAUUAUUAAUUCUUGUAUUAAUCCAUUUCUACUUUUGAUCGGACGACUUGUAUUUCACAUGUACAUAGUUCAUGUGUAAGCAUCAUUUUACAUAUAUUUUUAUUCUGAAAAUCAGCGGGAAUGUUUUAUGUGUACAUUAAUUGUAAAUAACUGGAGUUAGUUGAUACAUUUGAUGGGAUAAGUGCGUGUUUAUAUAUAGAUAAUCGUAGGAAUUGUUGUUGAUCAGAGAUGAUUUUUUCACUGUUAGUUAAAGACUGUCUUAAAGUAUUGUAGUGGCCUCCGUGGCUGGGUGGUUAGGGUCAUUGACUUCAGAUCUCUUGCACCUCACUGCUGCCAGUAUAAAACUUUGCUUUGGGUGUAGAAUUAUCCGUGUGAGGAAGCGGUCCAGCUGGUUUGCAGAACAUUAGUGGUGUGACCCAGGUGGCCACCCUUGCUUCAAACAAUACCUGGAGGGGCACCUGGGGGUUUUCCUCCAUCAUGAAGAACUGGAUUUGUUGGUGUAUGACCUAAAUUGUGUCAGUGUGACUCUAAACUUGAGCAACAAACAUAAGUAUAGUACAGUCUUUUGUCAGGGAAAAUUUAUUCUUUGAAUUACAUCUGUAAAUAUUUUGUCACUGAAGAAAAGAGUGUUUUCUUAUUGCAGUAAGGUAAAGGUAAUUUUUGAGACAUAAAUAACCAGUAUAUUUUUUUAUCAAAGGGGAAAGGAUGUGAUAUUUUAAUUUACUGCAAGGAUUACAUCAUUUAUUUGUGGUUUAAAUGGUUCUCUGAGAGAAGAUUAAAGCGUGUUGUGACUGUUUAUUUUUAGCAUGGACUUGGCAUUUUUCAUGUUCUUAAGGUAUUUCGUUGUACACGCCUAUAUCUCAGUUUGAAAAUUUGCAAAUCCUUAUUCAGAACAAAAUUGACGGAACUUCUGUUUUAAAAUAGAUUGCUUUCAUUUCAGGGGAUAAUGUUAGUGUGAUUUUUCUGCCUUUGUAACAUGUUGAUUUUGUAUCUUGUAAAUUUUUAACCAGACAUGAAAUGGUUACUUGAAUGGUUGACAUUUCAAAAUGUUACUUUGUAUGCGUAUGUGCACAAAAUUAAUUGUAUAGGUGAUAUAGUUCUGUGAAAUUGACUAUAUUUUAACUGCAGAUGUUCAUAGUCAUCAUAGUUUUGUUGAUUGUAUUACCAUGUUAAAUUUAUUUCACUCAUCCCGGCUCACUUGUACACUUUGUUAAUGCAUGAAUGAAUGUUUGCAAAUGAAAUUUUACGCUUCUGUUCAAAUUGUGGCAGAUUUAUUUAUUCAUUUCUACUGCUGCCUAAUUGUACAUAAUGAUAAAUAAAGAUUUAAUAGAGAUAA